GCCCUAGUGGUGGACUCUUGACCAGCGGGGGAGCUCAUCGCGGCUCUGAACGAUCCACCGUGGAACUCAUCGGGGAAGCCUGGGCCCUGAAGGAAGAGUGACUUUUCAUUGCGAAAAAAAGGUACUGCAAUACUAUAGACUUUGAAUGCAUAGAAUUGCUAUCGGAGAACCUAGUAGUGUGAUUCCUAUGUUUCUGUAACCAUUCGAUAACAUUAGAAGUUAACUUAUCCUAAUUCGGAGUCAUCCUAAUACUCCGGCGGGAUGACGAAUCCCAAUCGCGGAAGGCCAAAACCGGAAAUUUCAAGCAUCAACCAUUCGGCGAAGCGGAGGAUGUUUUAUCAAUUGGAAUCUUCGAGCACUCACAUGAAGAAGCGGCGGCUGUUCCCGAAGUCGGAGCCUGUAACCCGGAACCCUGGGCAUAAUUGGAGCUCGUGCACUUUGAACCGAUUGGAAGCCUUCCGUUCUUCAUCUCGAGUUCGCAGGAAGAAAAUGGCAAGAAAAUCCAUUGACGAUGUGUCUUCUCGGAGAUGGGUUUUUUCUUCCGAAGAUCAUUUUAACUAUAAGGAUAAGAUUGUGGUUGUGUCUUACAAUAUCCUCGGUGUUGAAAAUGCGUCAAAGCACCCGGAUUUGUAUUCUAAUAUUCCACAUCGUUUUCUGGAGUGGGAUCGGCGGAAAUUACUUAUUCGUGAGGAGAUUUAUAACUAUAAUGCUAGCAUACUGUGUUUCCAGGAGGUUGAUCGCUUUGAUAACUUGGAUAAUCUUCUCCAAAAUGAUGGCUUUAAAGGUGUUUACAAGGCUCGCACAGGGGAAGCAUAUGAUGGGUGUGCUGUAUUCUGGAAAGACAAAUUAUUUACCCUUUUGCAUCAAGAAGACAUAGAAUUCCAACAAUUUGGCCUUCGUAACAAUGUUGCCCAGCUUUGCAUUUUGGAGGUGAAGCGUGAUAAACUAGAAUCUGAUGCAUGCAGCCCAACAAUAUUAAAUAGAAGAUUUUUAGUCGGAAAUAUACAUGUAUUGUUCAACCCAAAACGAGGAGACAUCAAGCUAGGCCAGGUCAGGCUUUUUGUUGAUAAAGCUUACAAGCUAUCCCAAGAAUGGGGCAACAUUCCUGUUAUUCUUGCUGGUGAUUUAAAUAGUGUUCCACAAAGUGCAAUAUAUGAAUUCCUGGCUUCUUCCAAGUUGGACAUCCAAUUAUAUAAUCGCAGAAAUAUGUCAGGACAGCUUGAAGCCUCGUCCAAUUGUAGAGUUUUCAGAUCUCAAGUUGGUUAUGAAGCCAGCAUAUCAAUGUCUGUUUCAAGGCAAUUGGUAUAUAGAUGGAGUGAGGAAGAAUUAGAACUUGCAACUGGUGCAGAAGGAGUCACUCAUCUCCAGAGUCAUCUAAAGCUCCACAGUGCAUAUGCCAGUAUUCCAGGAAACAAUAAAACGAGGGAUGACAUUGGGGAGCCCUUGGCAACAUCAUAUCACUCCAAGUUCAUGGGAACUGUUGAUUAUAUCUGGCACACAAAGGAAUUAGUUCCUGUUAGAGUUCUCGAAACCUUGCCCAUUGAUAUUCUAAGAGCAACUAAAGGACUUCCUAGUGAGAAAUGGGGAAGUGACCAUCUUGCUCUUGUAUGCGAGUUUGCUUUUGCAAACUACGAAGAUGGGUCCUGAUUGGCUUGGGUAAGUUAGCCAUUCCAACAUUGUGUUGGAUGUACAAGCUUUGAGGUGAUUGACAAGGCUCGAAUUUAUCGUUGCUGAAGAUCUGCAAACUCCCUCUUACCAUUCGGGUAUGCUGCAUGAAAGUCCUUUUGAAAUUCAUUUAACAAAAUCGACACGGUGAGUGCCCAACGUAUCCGCGGUUAUGCGUUGCAGAGAAGAGUCGGUAUAUCUCAAGGUAUUGCAAAGGUUCAGAGGCACUGGUGCCAUUAUACAUUGCAUCUCCUUGGAUCAUGUGGAAACAACUUUGAAUUUGUACAAAUUUAUCCCAUUUGAUUUGACAAGUUAGGCUCAUACGUUGUGUUAGCUUUCUUUCAAAGCAACAUCAUAAAAGAUGUUGCCUGCUGUAUGAUAAAAUGAAAUUCUUGCGUAUUUCUUAUCUGAGUGACGGUAUUUGCGAAAAA